UCUCAUCCUUCAGCCCAAAAAAAAAGCAAUAAAAUAAAAAGUAAAAAAUAAAAAAAUAAAAAUGGCAGGAGCCAAAUAGUAGCAGAAAACCCCAAUUAAAUUAUACUCAAUCAAUCGUAAACGAGAUCUCUUUAUCAUUUUAUGAUCUUCUCUUCCCAUCCCAAUUCUUCUCUUUCUAUACUUUUUUACCAAGUCUAACAUCAUUUCAUCUAAUUAUACUAUCAAAAUUCCAUUAAUUUAAGCUGUUUUUCUCAAUACCCUUUCAUAUUAAUCUCAUAAAGAUUCAAACUUUUUGAUGUGUUAAGCCCUGGAAUUGAGAUUUAUCGCCUGAAAUCAUGCCUCCGGCGGCAAGUACGCCGGAAUUUCCUGAUUUAUUGCCCUACACCUCUCCAUCAGUGGCGUCUCGUUUUCCUAAUCUUAGAGGUGUUCAAUGGCGGAUUAAUCUUGGUGUUCUUCCUUCUUCUCUCUCCUCCACUAUUGAUGAUCUUCGUCGGGUCACCGCUGAUCAUCGCCGCCGAUAUGCUUCUUUAAGGAGGCGUCUCCUUGUUGAUCCGCAACUCACCAAAUUCAGUGAUGAUUCUCCAAAUCUAGCUGUGGAUAACCCACUGUCCCAGAAUCCUGAUAGCACAUGGGGCCGCUUCUUUCGCAAUGCUGAGUUGGAAAAAAUGGUUGACACAGAUUUGACUCGCUUAUAUCCUGAGCAUGGAAGUUAUUUCCAGACACCAGGAUGCCAAGGUUUAUUGAGACGAAUCUUAUUGCUGUGGUGCCUGCGGCAUCCAGAAUGUGGUUACAGACAAGGGAUGCAUGAACUUUUAGCUCCUUUAUUAUAUGUACUUCAUGCGGAUAUUCAGCACUUCAAUGAUGUACGCAAACAACAUGAAGAGCACUUCGUUGACAAAUUUGACGAGGUUUUGUUGCAUGAAAGUCAAGAUUUCAAUUUCAAGAUAUCUGCAUAUUCUUUAGACGAUGACAUAGGCCCUCAAGUGAGAUCCAGGAAACCUACACGUCUUUCUGAUCUUGAUGCCGGUGUCCAGGCUAUUGUUUUGUUAAGUGAUCCUUAUGGGGCAGAGGGUGAACUUGGCAUUGUAUUGUCCGAGAAAUUUAUGGAGCAUGAUGCAUAUUGCAUGUUUGAUUCUUUAAUGAGUGGAGCAGGUGGUGCUGUGGCGAUGGCAGAAUUUUUCUCCAAUGCACCUGCUAGUGCCACUCAAAGUGGCUUAUCCCCUGUAAUUGAAGCUUCAUUGGCGCUUUACCACUUGCUUUCCAUUGUUGAUUCCUCAUUGUAUAAUCACCUUGUUGAACUCGGGGUUGAACCUCAAUACUUUUCACUUCGUUGGUUACGUGUUCUUUUUGGACGGGAGUUUUCUCUUGAGAGCUUAUUGGUUAUCUGGGAUGAGAUAUUUUCUUUUGAUAACAGUCAUUGUGUUACAGCUCCUGCAAAUGAUCCUGGGGUCUUCAACUCUCCAAGGGGAGCAUUUGUCUCUGCCAUGGCUGUUUCCAUGAUGCUCAGUGUGAGAUCUUCUUUACUUGCCACCGAAUAUUCCACUUCUUGUCUUCAGAGAUUGCUCAAAUUCCCUGAAAAAGUAGACUUGGAAAAGUUGAUUGGAAAGGCAAAAUCUUUGGUGCCCCUUGCUAUAGCUUCUAAUGUUCCUUCUUAUCCUGCUCCAUUAAUUGGGCAAGGCUACCAGAGCAAGCAAAGCUUUGCGAAAGGUCAUUCUCAUAGCCUAUCAUUUGAUUCAAGUGCUCCUGGAACACCAGUGAAUCUAGUACCUGAGAGAUAUUGGGAAGAGAAAUGGAGAGUUGCUCAGGAAGAAGAAGAAACUAAAAAGGAAAAUGCUGCCAAAUUAGCAUCACCUCAGAAGAGGGGUUGGACAGAGAAAAUCAAAUCGAGACUUUCCAGAACGGAAUCUGACCCUUCCCCAUCGAAAAGAGAAACACGACAGAGGGAAAGAAGACCAUCUGUGAGAAGAAGCCUGCUGGAAGACUUGUCACGGCAGCUGAAUAUUGGGGAUGAUUCUGAAGAAACAGGGCAUGAUAAAUUGUCUUGUAUAGCUGAUCCUCUUUGUAGUGAGUCUGGUGUUGUAGUUGAUGAUGCAGAUCCCUCUUAUAUUGAGUCUGAUGCGGUAGUUGAAGAUGCUGGGAACGAAAGUGUUGCUUGCAUUGAUAAGAGAAGUUCAGGCAUAAGUACUGCCAGUGAAGAGCAUUCUCCUGCUUUUUCAGAGCCACUGAGUUCUGCUGAGAAUGACUCUGAGAGAAGCAGUAUUGCUUCUAACCUUUCUCACGAUACAAUUGAUGGUGGAACCCUUGAAUCUUUGUCGUUGCAGUCAACAGCUAAAGAUUCACAUCCUACUGCGGAAGAGCCACCCUUACCGGAAUCUGAUGCUCCAGUUGGAAAUGCACUUGUAUUGUUGGGUCCUGAUAAUAGUUCAAAAGAAGUAUCAGUAACAGUUUUAAAAGAACGGAAAAGUUUAUCUGGUAAGUUCCAGUGGUUCUGGAAGUUUGGGCGCCAAUCUUCUGGUGAGGGGAUUUCUGAUAAAAGGCCUGAGGUUGAGGACGUAAAAUAUUCUGAUACUGAAAUUCUGCAAGGAAAUAGACCAGGAUGUUCUGUUGGUGAGACGAGCUACAACCAUGUGAAUGUUAAAUCCAACAGUUGUGACCAGAACUUGUUAUGUACGUUGAGGAAUCUUGGGCAAUCUAUGCUGGAAAAUAUUCAGGUAAUUGAGUCCGCAUUUCAGCAAGAAAAAGGUCUGCCUGGUUUAGAUCAGCGUUCUAAACACGCCCUUGUUGAAAAAGGUCAAGUAACUGCUGUUACUGCUCUUAAGGAGCUUCGGAAAAUCAGCAACAUUCUACGAGAGAUGUGAUGCUAUGCUGGUAUAACUUCUUGGUCACAUGUAUAUAGUAUUGUUUUUGUAGCUCCUACUGUUACGUAUGUACACAGAAUAAAGAGAUGUCUCUCAAUUAGCUGUGGUAGGUUAAGUUUAUGUGAGCACUUGGAAGAGCAAUUUGUACAUGACAAAUGUCACCAUUCUUAAUCAAUCAUUCAUUCUUGACAUUACGUUUCA